AUAGGUGAUUUUAUUACACCCAAACAAAGUUUUAAAUCGAGAAGCUGUACUUCGAAUCCACCAGUUCAAACUGAAAAUAGAUUCGCAGUGUUGGGGAGGAGUGAUUCGCGUUUCGCUUUGCCUGCAAACAGAGUUACUGUGAACAGAACGCGGACACGCGAGUCUGCGGCGCCUGUAUCUCAAACGCAAAAAAAAAAGGUCUACUAGAACUCGGACUUUCAAUAUUCAGUUUUACGCUGAUAGCCAAGGGAGAGAUGUCUAUAAACAUUUCAGAGAUGAGAAUCAUACAUUCUCAAGCAUGAUUAAACCUGGAGCAGGAUUCAGGGAGGUGGUGAAGGAGACUGGUGAGGUGAACGCCAAUGAUGUGCUUGUUUUUCUUGCCGGCACAAACGAUAUAGCCUGCAAUGAGAGGAAGGAGCUACAAUCUGCGCUUAGAAGUAAACUACGCGACCUGCAGAGCCGACGUGGAGGUCAUGUGCUGGUGUUCUCGGUGCCUCAUAGGCAUGACCUGCCGAGAUGGUCUGCGAUCAACAAGGAAGUCCAGAGAGCAAACAACGAGAACUUCAUUCUUUGCAAAAAAUUUAAAAAUGUUUCAUUUGUUAAUAUAACCAAUAUAGGAAGAAGAUUCCAUACAUCAAAUGGCCUUCAUUUGAACUCUUUAGGCAAAAAGUUUGUCUCUCAAAAGAUUUUAGAAUUGGUGCAUCAGCUAGCCAACACAACGGAACUAGUUCUUGACCCAAUCCCCUUGAAACACAAUAACGUCAAUCAUUUUUUAGGGCACAAUCUGAUGAAAUAAGAUCAAGUAGAAGUGAUAGUGAUUGUAUGAAUCCAAAC